AUGCCAUCAGAUUCGUGUGCCAUCCUUAGUAGCUUUGCUGUUGCCUCUGGUGCUCCUCCGGACGACGAUAUCAAUGUAUCCUUUAGCACUGAAGAUGCCCACCAAUGGAUUGAUGUAGACGAGGCCCCAGAUGUUUCUAAUGGUGGCAGGGAAUACAAUGACAUCCUCACUGCAGCCUGUGAACUUUCUGCAGGCUCACGACUUACUGGUAACUUCACACAACGACAUUGCACACUGACGAGAACAACUCAAAAUGAUUUGCCCGCUCUAGCAUCCGGCUACCUUCAGUGGAAGCACUCCAAGGAGGAAAUACGCUCUGUGCCACUCAGCAGUCAUUAUUUCCAUGCUACGGUCAUCAAGACUUAUGAACAUAUUGUCAAUUUUGUGAUUCCUCAGCUUCCAGAUGAACCAGCAAACAUAGCACUUCUUCAACAUGGGUUUCUUGGCUGCUCUCCAGUGGAGCCAUCGCUCAGCAUCCAAACCAUAACAAAGACAUUAUGUGAUCUUCACCAUUUCUCGAUCACAUUCGAUGCUUAUCUCAAUAUCCUUUGUCAAGUUCGUUCCAGAGUCGACAAGGCCCUUGGCCACAAUGGCGUUGAAGUAAAUGGGAUGUGUCCCUGUUUCCAACUGGUUCCUAGUAUCCUCAUAGCUCAGGAUGGCAAUAACUCUUUGAAGCAAAUUGCUAGUGUUGGGUCGGUUGAUGAAAGAGAAUUCACCAGUACCUAUUUUCUCCAAUGGGAACAUGUUGACAUGUUCAAAGAUGAGGUUAAGCACUGGCAACACGCCACUCACAAUGACCAAGAGUCAUCUGAUGCCGGGAAGAAUGUCGAGAUCCUAAGUUCAUGCCUGACAUGGAAGAAUAGUGCACCUGACCAGCAGAAGAAAGCUCUAGACAUUUAUGAGGUCACCAGGAUGUUUGCUUCAGCUUGCUGCCACGGAUUCAUUAUCAAGGCUUGCGAGAUGGUACAAAGUGGUGAACUGUAA